AUGACCACCGCGACGAGAAGCCCGGACGAACCGAGCGCGAGUAUGACACCCAAGCUUUCGAUCAACGCAGAAGAAGUCCGCGAAAUCGUCGAACUCGGGCAUGCGCUCACUUUUCGCGAGGCCUUGUCUCUCUAUCCCAAAGCAAUUGCAUGGUCGUUCUACUUCAGCCUGGGCGUGAUUAUGCUAGCAUUCGAUCCUCAGCUUCUCGGCAACUUGUACGCAGUACCUGCUUUCCAAAGAGAUUUCGGCUAUGCUUUCGGGGACGGGUACAUCAUCUCCGCCGCAUGGCAGACGGGACUAGGAAUGGGGAACCCAAUCGGCCAAGUUGUCGGCGCGUUGGCCGCAAGUUAUCCCAUGGAAUGGUACGGGCGCAAAGGAACAUUCAAUGCAUGCGUUAUCGCUGUCGCGGGCCUGGUAUUCAUUCAAUUCUUCGCGCGCUCACUUCCAGUUCUUCUCGCUGGAGAGCUUCUUGCUGGACUAGUAUUGGGCACGUUUGUUGUCAUCGCACCUGUCUACGCAUCUGAAGUAUCACCUUUGGCUAUGCGAAGUGUCUCGACCUCGUACGUCAAUCUUUGUUUCGUAACCGGCCAAUUGCUUGGAAACGGGGUUGCCGCUGCGACCCAGCAUAUUCAGUCUCACUGGGCGUAUUCGAUUCCGUUCGCAACGCAAUGGUUCUGGGUCUUGGUAAUCCUCCCAGGAAUGUUCUUUGCUCCGGAAAGUCCAUGGUGGCUGGUGCGUCAAAAUCGCCUUGAGGACGCCGAGAACUCUCUUCGGCGGCUCGCUAGCGACAAGGUCAACGUCAAGGCUGUGCUCGCACAAAUCGUCGAAACAGACAGGCUGGAGACCGACAUGGAAGCGGGUAGUUCCUAUGCCGACGUUUUCAAGAAGGUCAAUUGGCGCCGCACGGAGAUUGCGAUUGGGGUGUAUUCCACCCAGGUCCUAUGUGGUGUGUAUCUCAUCAACUACGGAACUUAUUUCUUCACCCUCGCUGGUCUUGAGACCGCGCAAGCGUUCAACAUGGGCAUUGGGUUCAUGGCUAUCGGUUGGGUCAGUGUGCUUCUGUCGUGGUACUUGAUGCAAAAGUAUGGCAGAAGAACGCUCUUCAGCGUUGGCCUCACAAUUCUGAUGGUGCUCAUGUUUCUUGUGGGUAUACUUGACCUCGUACCUACAACAGGAGCGAUAUGGGCGAAGUCUUCAUUGCUCUUGGUGUGGAAUUCAGUGUACAACUGGAGCGUCGGACCUGUGGCUUUUGCCAUUUUCUGUGAAGUCAGCGCGACGAAGGUACGCUCGAAGACUGUCGCCGUCGCAACCGCCAUUCAGGCUGUUUUCGGAAUCAUUAUGACUGUCGCGAUUCCGUACUUGAUCAACCCAGACGCAGCCAAUCUGGGUGGGAAGCUUGGGUUCUUCUUUGGUGCGCUCAGCAUCCCAUGUCUGGUAUGGUGUUAUUUCCGUGUUCCUGAAAUGAAAGGCAGAACGUACGAAGAGCUGGACCUCAUGUUUGAACGGAAGGUACCCACGAAAGCAUUCAAGAAUCAUGUCAUAGACUAG